UAAAGCCUCUCUCUCCCGUUCUCCUCCCGACCCCGGCCAGCCAUCACCUCCCUGUAACCCAACCACCACCGCAGCCACCCAAGCCCAAACAACCAAAUAGCCCCCUGGGGCAACUUCGACUUAUCGUGUGCUAAUGGCUUGGCACAAGGGUUCUAGGAGAGAAUGAGAAUACUAAGUUGGGCACAUUCAUCCUACUCGUAUUCGUCGCAAUUGCAAGCAUCUCAACUUAAUUCUUCAGUUCCAAUUUUGUGCACCCUUCUCCGUCACUUUGUCUCUCUCGAAACCAGCUGAGGAGGUUGUGUAAACUGUGGGUAAUGUCAUAAAAUGAAGGAGACUCUGGCAAAAUUCUGACCGAGGAAAAUUGGCUUUAAAAGUUCAGCCAUCCCAUUUUCAUAUCCUGGGUCCGUCAUCAAACGCUGAACAGACUGGAAACACUGACCCACUGUGACAGAGAAAUUAAGUCCCAAUGGAUCUCACUCCGUUUAAGCAUGACAUUGAUGAGCUUAUAGAUGCAUUUGCUGAGGGUGAAUCAACGAGUUUGGCUGACAUGAAGAGAAUAUGGCUUUCCAAAAAGUUCUCUUACAUUUACGAGGCACGUCCUUCUACCAACUUGGCCUUCUUUAUGCAGUCAUUAUAUGCCCAUUCAAUUGGAUACAUAAUCGGUACAGCUACUUUAUCACACAGACUGGGGGGGCUCUAUUGCCUCUUCUGUCUCUAUGAGACUCAACCAUUCAAACCUCCUUUUAAGAUUUAUCUAUCUCUUGAAGAACUGAAGAAACUUCAAAAGCUGGUUAUUAAUGCAAAGGAACACGAUUUAAGAGUGGUAUCUGCUUUGGUGAAAAGGAUGCUAGAAAAGAAUGUUUUCCUGUUUGGGUCUGUAGACACAAAUGAAGGCUCUUUUACAGAGACGGUAGACCAACUGACACAGUUACAGAAUGCUCGAGUUCAAGUUGCAUACAAGGAGUUAUUUGCUAAUACUAAGAUUGAGGACUUUCUCCACAUGGAUUUGGGAAUGGAAGUUGACCUGAAUAUGCUCAAGAAAAUGUCAACAGAUUAUGCAGAGGCCAAGAAAAUAGCAAUUAAUGAGGCCAGCAAGGUCGUGGAUGUUCAAGAUAUAAAGCACAUAUCAGAAGAUAAGGAACUGGUUGGAGACGCAGUGGAGAAGAUGGUAGGGCAGUGGGAUGCUCAAAGAGAAGUGUUUUAUCAACAAACAGGAGCAAAUCAGAAGCUCCCUGAGGGAGAACAGCAACUAGAACCACAGCAGCUGCAGCUGCAGCUGCUGAGUGAUGACGAGAACUUUGAUCAGGAAUUGGAACAACUGCUAUCUGAAACAUGAUCAUCAGGAAUUGGAUCCGGCAGCUGGCAAGGUUGAUGGCUGGAUUUUUUCUGAAGUUGUUAUGACUUUUAUUUUGUUACUAAGGCCUCAACUUGCUAAAGAAGGUGAUGGAAUCCAGCGGCUGCUUUGUUUUUUAGGUGUUUCAUGAGACAGUGCUAUCUAUGUUGAAUUUUGUUCAUAUUAGAGUGUGGUUGCAAAGUUAUGAACAAUGGCUCUAGUGAUCUCAUUUGAUACAUUUUCCCUUCAAUUGGAUUGCCCAAGGGAAAAUGUAAAGAAAAUGAGAAUUCAAUGCACAUAUAAGGUUUGACCAAGAAUCUGACUUUCCA